AAUGAUCCAUUAAUAAUGAUUAAAAGAAAAAAUUAACUUAGGGAUAACAGCGUAAUUUUUUUUUUUUAGUUCAAAUAGGAAAAAAAGUUUGCGACCUCGAUGUUGGAUUAAGAUAAAAUUUAAAUGCAAAAGUUUAAAAUUUUGAUCUGUUCGAUCAUUAAAAUCUUACAUGAUCUGAGUUCAAACCGGUGUAAACCAGGUUGGUUUCUAUCUUUAAAUAAUUAUAAUAUUUUAGUACGAAAGGAUCAAAUAUUAAAAAUAAUUUUAAUAUAAUGAAUAUUAUUAAUAGUUAAUAAUAACUAUUUUGGCAGAAAAAAUGUGAUGAUUUUAGAAGUCAUUAAUAUAUAAUUUAUUUAUAUAUAUAGUAAAUGAUAAUUAAAGAUAUAUAUUUAUAUAUAAUUGGUGUUUUAAUUAUAAUUGUUGGGGUAAUAGUGGGGGUUGCUUUUUUAACUUUAUUAAAACGUCAAGUUUUAGGAUAUAUUCAAAUUCGGAAAGGUCCUAAUAAAGUUGGUUAUAUAGGAAUUUUACAACCUUUUGCUGAUGUUGUAAAGUUAUUUAAUAAAGAACAGACUUUCCCGAGUUAUUCUAAUUAUAUAGUUUAUUAUUUUUCUCCAGUAGUUAGACUUAUUGUUAUUUUAAUAUCUUGAUUGUUAAUUCCUUAUUAUUUUAAUUUAAUUAGAUUUAAUUUAGGAAUUUUAUUUUUAUGUUGUACAAGAGUUGGAGUAUUUACGGUAAUAGUUGCGGGGUGAUCUUCAAAUUCUAAUUAUGCUUUAUUAGGAGGAUUACGAGCUGUAGCUCAAACUAUUUUAUCUGAAUAUGCUAGAAUUCUUUUUAUAAGUUUAUUAUUUAUUUUAUUAUAUAUAGGGGGUUAUAGAUUAAGAUUAAUUUUUUAUUUUGAAUUAUCAUUUAUUUCUUUUGUAUUUGUUUGAGUUCGAGGUACUAUACCUCGUUAUCGAUAUGAUAAAUUGAUAUAUUUAUCUUGAAAAAGUUAUUUACCAUUUUCAAAACAAAUGCUUUUACAAGCUCAUUAA